AUGAUCAAUUCCACCAUGGUGACUGAGUUUCUCCUUGAGGGUUUUGCUGACAGAUGGGAGAUAAAAUUACCACUUUCCAUAUUAUUCCUUGUGAUGUACUUGGCCACUUUAAUAGGGAAUAUCCUCAUUAUUAUUGCUACUACUUUUGACCAGAACCUGCACACACCUAUGUACUUCUUCCUCAGAAAUAUGUCCACCUUAGAUGUGUGCUAUAUCUCCAUCACUGUCCCUAACGCCUGUGUCAACUCUCUCACUGACAAUAAAAUCAUUUCAGUGGCUGGCUGUGCAACUCAGAUCUUUCUGGUCAUUUACUGUGCAUAUGUGGAACUUCUGUUUCUCACCAUCAUGGCCCGUGAUCGCUAUGUGGCCAUCUGCCAGCCCCUUCACUACCCUGUCAUCAUGAACCACAGAUUCUGUGUCUGGACAACACUGGCCUCCCUGCUCAGUGGUCUCAUCUAUGCAGGUGUGCACACAGGAAAUACAUUUCGACUGUCCUUCUGUCAGUCCAAUGUGGUUCACCAGUUCUUCUGUGAUGUUCCCCCUCUGCUGAGGCUCUCCUGCUCUGACACGUCGAGCAACAAGCUCAUAAUACUUGGCUCUGCCAUGGUUGUCUGUGGUGGCUGCUUCAUUUAUAUCUCCAUAUCAUAUGUUCGCAUACUUUCUACUGUGCUUAAGUUUUCCAACAGAGAGCAGGGAAAGGCCUUUUCUACCUGUGUCCCUCAUAUCCUUGUGGUGUCUGUUUUCCUUAGUUCUAUCACCUGUGUAUACCUAAGACCUUCAGAAAACUCCAAAACGAUUCUGGAUGUGAUACUUUCUGUGUUUUAUACCAUUGUGCCUCCAUUUUUGAAUCCUCUCAUCUACAGUCUGAGAAACAAACAGGUGAAGGAGGGUGUAAAGAAGAUACUACAAAAAUUUUAUUUAAGAAAAUAA